GGCGCAAAUCGCGCCCUCAGUCGUACUUUCGAACCCAUCGGAAGCGUUCAUCCACGUCGUCCGGAGUCUGUGCUCAGGCAGAACUAAUCAGCGUAUUCGUUCGUUCGUCGGAAUUCCUGGCAAGUGUCACGCGCGCAUUCACGCAUUUCACAGCUCGUGUUUGUGUUAUAAUUUACGACGGUUCGCGGCCAUCAUCAUCAUCAGCAGCAGCAGCGCCAACCAUCUUGGCAAGGGGUGUGUCAAUUGCCGUCGCAGGGGUGUGCUGGUGGAGUGCGGGGGGUCGUCAAUUUGAUUCGAUCACAGUCGGUGCCGGAGUUGUUGGUGGCGAUUUUUUUUCGGGUAAAUGACCAAGGUGUCACCUAGUGCAAAUUACCCCUGGGGGUAACGUAUGUGAGCACUGAGCAGCACGCGCGCGCUUUUCUGUGUACCUCUACAGUUGGUAUGAUUGUUAUGCAAAUGCGCAAAAGUGUGUCUUUUCUGCGGAGAGUUUAGAUUGUGACAACAAAUUUCGGGAAUUUCGGUCGGAGGAAGGGAUCGUGAGGAAACGAGAGAAAGGCCAAUCAGUGUGUGUGGUAAAGUGUGAAUUUUAUUCUCUCCUGUGGGUAGACACGAAGAUCUGUCGUAACGGCGACAAGGUUGCUUUUUUCAGCGGAAGCGCCAUCUGUGAGGCGCAGUGGAGGAAGAGCGUGAAGAGAGAGAGAGGGUGCAACUCUAAUUAAUCCACGGUAAAAACGAAGCAGAAAAAUCAGUGCGCAAUUAUUGUUUCGAAACAACAUCAGAAAGAAAAAACCGAUUCGAUUCAACGGGAGUAAAAAUCGAAUCAUUUGAGCGGGCGCGAUCAGGUGAAAACAAAAGCCAAACAAGCAUCGAGCGGAAGCGGCAAAGGCAGCGGCGGCGGUGCCGCUAAUAAGUAAUAAUCAAAAUGUGUUAAGCUGAAGCAAAUAAGAAAUUACUUCUCCUGAGUUCCCCCCGUUGUACCAACGAAGAAAAAAGUGAAUCAAUAAAAAUUAGCUGUUUUCUGGUUUAAGUGUGCUAGAAGGAAGAAGAAAAAAAUCCAGCGCUGGAAAAACUCACUCGUUGAUUGAUAAAUUGAUUGAUUGUGUGUUUCUCCGGGUUCGCUUGUUUCGCCGCUCUCCGAGUGACGCGAGUGAGUGUGUGUAUUCUUCGGUUUUCGGUUCGGCAAUGAAAGAUAAUUAAUCGUAAUAAAAGUGCGUAGCGGUGGUUCUGCGACCUGGGAAAACAAAAAGAAGAAACCAUCCCACCGAGAAGAGAAGGUGCAGAAAUUAUCUUUCAAUUUGCUCCGGUUUUUUUCUUUCGUUUCGUUUCGUGAUUGCAAAUCGCUUAAUGUGAAACCGGUUCGGCUGAGCCGAAGAAAAUGAAGGCGUGAGAGCGAUCACGAUCACGAUCAAGGCGACGACUUCCAACAUCUCUGUGAGGUGUGAGCGAAAAGAACACCCAGCGGCGCUCAGGCAGUGACAUCAGCAUCCGAAGCACACAGAGUGUAGAGCAAGUGAAGAGAAGAAGAGCCGAAAAUUCAAUUAGGAGGGUACGCGUACACAAGCAUUCUAGUGGAAGGGCUUGGUGGAAGGAGUCAGUCGGUCGGAGAUCCAUUCCAUUCCAAUUAUCAUCGAGAUAGCGGCUGUAAAGUGAAGGAAUUCGAGUGGAGUAAAAGCAGCGGAAAAUGUAUCCGGCGCCAGCAAGACACCCGUCAGCUACGGGUCCUCCCCCUCAGGGGCGACAGUUCACAAUUGCGGAAACACUCGAACGGAUAAAGGAGGAGUUCAACUUUCUGCAGGCACAGUAUCAUUCAUUGAAGCUAGAAUGUGAUAAGCUCGCCAGCGAGAAAACCGAAAUGCAGCGACAUUAUGUCAUGUAUUACGAAAUGUCGUACGGCCUGAACGUGGAAAUGCACAAACAGACGGAAAUCGCCAAACGGCUGAAUGCGCUCAUAGGGCAGUUGCUGCCAUUUCUCGCCACCGAACACCAACAGCAAGUGGCACAAGCAGUGGAACGAGCGAAACAAGUCACCAUGCCGGAGCUGAAUGCCAUCAUCGGGCAGCAACAUCAACAGCAGGGAAUUCAGCAACUGUUACAACAGAUUCACGCACAGCAAAUUCCCGGCGGACCACCGCAACCGAUUCCGGCCCUGGGCGCACUGGCCGGACCGCUGACGGCGUUCGGCGGCCCGAUGGGACUGCCACACGGUGCACCGCAGAGUUUGCUGAAAGCACCGCCCGAUCUGCACCGGGAGGACCUCAAAGUGCCCCUCGGGGGGCCGUCCGCCGAAGAACGAAUGCGCAACUCAGUAUCUCCUGCCGAACGUGAAAAGUACCGACCUCGUUCACCCCUAGACCUGGACAGCGAAGCCAAGCGACGGAAAGAGGAAAAACUUAACCACGACAACGACGCCGACAAAAGCGAACAGGAAUUGGUGGUGGACGUCGCCAACGAUACGGGAACCCCAUCUCCGCGCCCAAACGGUGAUCACGCGUCGUUGGAAAACCGAGACCGCGAUAGUGUUGGUUUGAACGGAAGUGACAAAGCCGGCUCAAGUAGUCUGAAAGGUGUGAACGACAGACCGCCCUCCCGAUCCGGAUCCAGCUCAUCGCGAUCGACCCCAAGCCUCAAAACUAAAGAUCUCGACAAACCAGGUACCCCUGGUGCGAAAGUGCGCGUCCCAACGCCCAACUCUUCCACUCCGGGAGUUCCCAAAGCAGCAGUACCUCCAACGGCCGCCGGCUAUCCGGCGUCACCAUAUCAACGACCUUCAGAUCCAUACGUGCGACCACCGCUUGACGCAUACGGACGACAGCCGAUUCCAUUCGAUCCUCACGCACAACUACGGACCAACGGAAUCCCUCUGCCCGUCUCGAGUGGUAAACCUGCCUAUUCGUUUCACAUGAACGGCGAAGGAGGACCUCAGCCGGUGCCAUUUCCUGCCGAUGCCCUAACCGGACCCGGAAUCCCGCGACAUGCCCGCCAGAUCAAUACGCUUUCCCACGGUGAGGUCGUCUGCGCCGUCACCAUCUCCAACCCAACCAAAUACGUCUACACCGGCGGAAAGGGAUGUGUCAAAGUUUGGGACAUCUCCCAGCCCGGCAGCAAGAGUCCUGUCAGCCAACUGGAUUGCUUGCAACGGGACAACUACAUCCGCUCGGUGAAGCUGUUACCGGAUGGGCGAACGUUGAUCGUCGGCGGGGAAGCAUCGAACCUGUCCAUCUGGGAUCUGGCGAGUCCGACGCCGAGAAUCAAGGCUGAACUCACCUCGGCAGCUCCGGCCUGUUACGCGUUGGCCAUCAGUCCCGACUCGAAGGUAUGCUUCUCGUGCUGCAGCGAUGGCAACAUUGCCGUGUGGGACCUGCACAACCAGACGCUGGUGCGGCAGUUCCAGGGUCACACCGAUGGCGCUUCCUGCAUCGACAUCAGCCCUGACGGCGUCCGGCUUUGGACCGGAGGACUGGACAACACGGUGCGAUCGUGGGACCUGCGGGAAGGACGGCAACUGCAGCAGCAUGACUUCAGCUCCCAGAUCUUUUCGCUCGGCUACUGUCCAACGGUCUUCGAUGAAACAGGUGAAUGGCUCGCCGUCGGCAUGGAGAACUCCCACGUGGAGGUGCUGCACGCCUCCAAGCAGGACAAGUAUCAGCUGCAUUUACACGAAAGCUGCGUGCUGUCGCUGAGGUUCGCCGCCUGCGGCAAAUGGUUCGUCUCGACGGGCAAGGAUAACCUGCUAAACGCAUGGCGCACACCGUACGGUGCCAGUAUAUUCCAGUCCAAGGAGACCUCAUCAGUACUUAGUUGUGAUAUAUCGACCGAUGACAAGUACAUCGUGACUGGCUCCGGCGACAAGAAGGCAACCGUCUAUGAGGUCAUCUAUUAAACCGAUCGAAUGCGGUAGUAAUCUUUAGUUUGAUUCGAAGUGCAACAAACACCCCUCCCGAUCCCCUGCUACAUCGAAAACCAUCGAUACCCGUAACGAUACAUCACAAAUUCUCUUGAUCGUGACAACAAAAAGGCAGCGUUGACUUGAUUUUGAAUGUAUCAUAGAACAUCACAACUCCCAAAACAAAAAAGUGACUUAAAUCGAGGAACUCACAGAUUCGAGAAUCUUUACACACAUACAGCAGCUGUAUCAGUUCAUUCAUUAUAUAUAGAAUCUAUGUAGAAAGGAAUAAGACACACUUACACACACUCACAACAGUCAGUCGUGUAGAUGAUGCAGUAAUCUUUUCACGCCAACACACACAAACAUUUUUAGUAAAAUGAGAGACAAUGGGCGCAAAACAGCAAAGAUCAAGAACAUCAACAAAACAAUGCUACAAAUGUUAAAUGGUAAGUUUACAAUUUAAGUAAUUUAAAGUAAAUUAAAGGAAAAGAAACCCGCAAAGCAUCCCUUUAAUUAUACAGAAAAAAAAAUCAAAGAAUUAAUUGUAGAAUCUAGGCGAUAAAAGGAUGAAAAAUUGAAUGCAGCGUGUAAGGUAAGAACCAAACAGAAGAAGCAGAUUAAUUUAAAAUUAUCAAAAUUCUUAGUGAUUACCGUAUAAAUUGAAGCAGAGUAUUGUACAGUAUUUGAAAAAACUCGUAAUGUUAAUUAUGGUUAUCAACCCUCUCCCAGUACAUACGACCGAACGAAACUUAAGCUAGAUCAAAGCAUAGAGCGAGAGAUCCCUCGAGGUUUCAAGUGGAAAUUCAUCUCAAAUUCAAUUCGGAAGAGAAAAUAAAAAAAAAUCGCUUGAUAAAAACAAAUUUAAACAUUUACAUCUAAUUGUUUUCCAAUAUCCUUCUUAGAAAAAAAAAGAGAAUCGUAUCGAUGUCAGUUUGUUCCAUUUAAUCCUUUUAAUUUUUGAAUAAAACAAACACUGUAAGAUAUUUCAACCAUUAGUAAUCAAUGCGAAGAAGUGAAACCAAAAAAAAAUGCGAAAAGUAAAAAUUGUUAUCGAUUCAUAGUACGCAUUGCAAAAAUCAAGCUGAACUUUCGUCGAAUAUCCUCUUUCCACCACUAACCGAAUCUAAUGCUAAUUGAAUCACACAAUAAGGUAGAUUGAAAGAAAGCGUGAGAAUCACAUGAUAAAUGAAGCGAAGAAGGAUCAAUUGAUGAAAACAAUAUAGAGGA